AUGUUUUCUCAGAUAGUUAUUAUCGCUUCUGCCCUCCUCCCCUUUGCAAGUUUAACUUCAGCUUCACCCGGCUAUAUUGCUCUUGACUUUUCUGUCACAAGGGGUUCGUCUCGUAAUUUUACUGGUCCUAUAGUCCAUGCAAAAAGGCUGGAUGUCGUUGGGCUUGACAUAUUUGACAAGAGUUACUUCUACUCCACCGAUCUUCUUCUUGGGUCCAACAAACAGAAUAUAAGUGUUGUUAUUGACACGGGAUCUUCUGACUUAUGGGUUAACAGUGCUUCAAACACUCAAUGCACUAGUGACUGUGCCGCAGCAGGUUCUUUUAAUAGUUCUCAGUCCACCUCCUUCAAAGGAACCGACAAUGCUUUCUCGGCUGCUUAUCAAGAUGGCUCAUCCACUUCUGGUAAGUGGGUUUCAGAUGAUGCUUCAUUUACAAGUGGAGGACCAGUAGUCAAGGGUUUGACCUUUGGACUUGCUGAAUCUUCGUCCCACGAAGGAAUUCUUGGAAUUGGCUUAAAGUCCCUUGAGUCUACCCAAACUGAAUAUGAUAAUUUGCCAUACCUCUUAGCAGCCCAAGACCUUAUUUCUAAGCCAGCAUACUCGGUCUACCUCAACCCCACUAGAGGAGAGAAAGGAACUGUUUUGUUCGGUGCUAUUGACAAUGCGAAGUAUGACGGAAAUUUGGUAAAGCUUCCACAUGCUGGACCUGUCCAACGUCUAGGUGUGCAAUUGGAUUCAUUUGGUGUUGACUCGACUACUAUUCAAACAAAUAUCCCUGGUAUACUUGAUACCGGCUACACAUAUACAUUCCUCCCAGAUGCAUUUGUCUCUCAAUUGGCAAAAGCAUUGGGGUCAGUCCUGUCUGGUACCGUGCCAGGUAGUCUUAAUUCCAAACAAUACUACAUCCCUCAGGAUGGAGUCUCUAAUAAAACGGUUAAGUUCAAUUUCAACGGAGUUAGUAUCCUGAUCCCCCUUAUUGAAUUGACGCUGCCAUUAACGUACACAGCCACCGGAUUACCUGCACCAUUUUAUGCUCUUACAAUUUUUGGAACCCAAGAUAAGGAUGAAUCUUGGAAUGCUAUAGGGGAUAACGUUCUUAGAAGAAUUUAUGCUUUGUACGAUCUUACUGAUUCCUCGAUUUCCAUUGCACAAGUAAAGGAAACUACUGAUACCAACAUUCAACCUUUGUGA